AUGGAUGAAUUCUUGGAUGACGACUUCGACGAUCUGAACGACACGGUCUUGCAAGAGCUCGAAAACCAUGCCAUCCAAGCCACCCAGGCCCAGAGGCCGGCACAGUCCCAGGCGCCGGCGCCGGCCCCGCAACCACAAUCUUCGGGGUACGGGUUUGGUUUUGAGGACGACGACCUCGACGAUGCGGUUGUCAUAGAUGAAUCAGCUCAGAAACUGGCCGGCCCCGUUGUCGGCAAGCCUCUCCCACCCCAACAGUCGCGCAUGGUGCCGGCCAUUGCUGGGCAACCACGAUUGCACCAAGGCGGACAGCCCAGUGCUGCUACUUCAUUGCCUGGCCGUCCUCAACCACGGAUACCUCCUCGACCAGUUCCGCCACCGCUGCCUUCUCAGCGCCACCAUCCCCGCCCUCUGCCGCCAGCUCUCCCUUCUCAGCGAUACCCUCCGAGACCCUUGCCCCCUCAAUCCCGUCCGGCCCCCCCUGCGUCCCAAUUCAACCGGCCGCCGCCCCCCGGGCCAAUAUCCCGCCAUGUCCAACCAUCCCAAGCGACCGGUGCGGGCAACCACACUGAGGUCAUCGCGGCCCUCCAAGCACAGUUGUCGGCUCUCCAGUCCGAACUGACGUCAGCGAAAGGCGAAUCUGCCAUCUUGAGGUCGAAGUACGACAAGACUCAGACCAGCCACGAGGCCGAAGUUGCACGAUUGAAGAAGCUUAAUGCAGAGCAGCUGGCUAAGCAGGAACGCGCCGUCGAGGCGGCCAUCGCUGCCGAGAGGCACGCCACGACGGAGCUACAAUUCGCCCGCCAGGACCUUAAGGAGGAACUGGGACGGGCAAAGAACAGACGGAAGGAUGGUGCUACGACGCCGAAGAAGAACAACAAGAACUGGGGUGUCGGGGAUGGGUUUGAUCACGUCGAGAUCCUGCCGAGCCCGACCAAGGGCCAGGGGCAGAGACGAAGGGAUCCCGGCCCCGUUGCUGUUCCCCUGGCCGAACGGACGCCGACCAAGGGGAAGAGAAAACGACCAGCCUUUGACAGCCCAGUCAUGGCACUCGAGACCCAUUCUGACGAUGCCAUUAUGCUCGAUGGCGAUGAUGAUGGCGAUGAUGCUGAUGCCGCGCGGGCGGCUUCUCUCAAGUCAUCAGCCAUCGGCUCCCGCCGGACUACGCUGCCGUUCGACUUUCUCAUGUUGGCUCUCGACCACAGUGCGCUCCACGGCCACCCCUUGACCUUUGAUCUCUUCUCUCGGUAUGCAUUUCCAUCGGAUCCGACUCGCUCCUUCGCAUCCGCCAUCUUCGAGAUGCUGCCUCGUUUGGGCAAGUCUCAGCAGCCGAUCCAUCUCCUGAUCGACUUCUGUGAGAUGAUUCUCGAAAUGUGGGUUCGUUGUAUAAACGAGAGAUACUACCAGCCGAUAUUUGAUCUCGUCGCACUGCUGUCUUAUACGUUGCAGCUAAACACGAUAUCCGUGGCUCCCCACAUUGUCUCGACCCUGUUACCGACCAUCCAGACGACCUGCUUCCUCGUUGCGCUCCCCCGCUUUAACAGUUUCAACGGCGACUUGUCCACACAUCUCGACGGCGCAGUCCAGCUGCUGGAACGUGACGUCGACGUUACACAAUCCCUCUCCCUCUUAUAUCUUACUGCGCUGGGCUGCCUCGGCCCCAUCCCCAGCAGCGAUCUCCCCCCGGGCCUGCAAUCGUCCCAGAAUACGCCCCAGAUGCAUUUCUGGAAGCACAUGCAACUCGAGUUCAUCCUGAUGAUGCUGUGCCCAAAGCACCCGGAAGAGGACUUCCUCGGCAUGCUCUCGCUGCUCUGCACGUCUGUGCUCCCGGACAGCGUCGGGCCCAUCGCCAACCCGAACCUGUCCCUCCAGCUGCCCGGGGCCGGUAAGCCAGACGACGAGACACCCGAGUUUUCUGCGCGGUCUCUCAUCGACCGCAUCUCCUUCUAUCUCGCGGAGCCGCCGAACUGGGCCCCGCGGGGGUCCGCGAAGCAGUGCUGGGUCCGACUGGUUGUGCUGAGGACGCUCAUGGCCUUUGCGCAGAGCCCCUUUGGCGCCCUUCAGCUUGCGGGGAGCGCCCUGGUCAUUCCCCGCCUUGUUACGGUCCUGUGCUGGGCGAUUGACAGCUUGUAUGACAUGGAUGUGCCGAAGGGGCUGUGGCCAUUGGGGAACACCGGCAGCCAGAAUGCUGCCCAGGACUCAAUGACAGAGAGGGGUGAUAGCGGGCAUUGGGGGCAGGAUCUGGACAUGACGCAGGAGAUGAGAGAUGGGGAUGCCGCCCAGGCGGACCAGCGGGGCGGCCUGUUGGAUCCGGCGGACCUUGGCAGAACAGACAACGACGACGACGACGAUGUGGGCGACGACAUGGACGACGACACAGACAGGACCCGUCUGCUCUUCCAGCUCAUAUCCCAGCUGACGCUGCUCCUGCACACCCUCAUCACCGACCCGCGCACCGCCAACGUGGCCAACAUGCCCGCGAAGCUCGUGACCACGCACGGCGCCUCCCAACGCUACCUGCUGACGCUGGCGAGAAUCACCUUUGCCGAGGAGGACCUGGUGUUCGAGACGGGCAUCGGUGCCGACACGGUGGAGCUGGCCCACGAGUUGUUGGAGCUGGCCGUCACGCCCGACGAGGGCGAGGGGGUCGGGGAGGUCUUUGGGCCGUGA